AUGAAACUGCGCCGUCUUCCUGGCCAACUCCCAGGUACAACUAUGUUUAUGUCCCGUGGACCACCGACGGGGCUUCCAACAUCGGCCUGGGGUUUGCAAAUUUUGAGACUCCAACGGCAUGCCAGGAGUACAUGGCAGCCAUCACUCGGCGCCUUGCCUUGGCGAAGCUUGCGGAGUGCCACGUUAGAUCUAUCGGGCGCGCAGCUAUCCAGGGUCGUG